GCUGCACACACUGCGGCCGCGAACUCAAUUCUAUCAGCAGCCGGAUAAUGAGGAUAUAUCUCGAUGUUUUGAUCCACGACUACCGCAGGCAACAUUAUAUGGAUCUAUUCUCUAUUUAAUACGAUUGGUAGUCAUGGCCGACUUUUAUUAAUGAAUACGUCCACUGAGGUUGCAAUAAAAACACUACAGCAGUCUCCGGGCGACACAACCUGAAUAUAAAGCAUUCAUUACAGAGUCAGUGACAUUAAAGUACUGCUUGCCUCUGACUCAGAGCCUCGGUAUACCGUUACAUAUAGCACACGUUUUGUAAGUUGUCUUUUUACAUCCAAAGGGGCAUAUUUUUGUUCUACUCUCGGCAGUCUGCAUGCAUGUGGAAGUAGCCCCUCACGGCUGGUGAGACGAAGCACCAAUACAAGGAGCAGAGUUCCGGCAUGUUGAAACUUUAGUCAACACAACAGAGACAAGAGGAUGAACAAGAAGAAGGACAAGGGCUUUGAGAGCCCGCGCCCCUUUAAAUUGACCCACCAGGUGGUGUGCAUCAACAACAUCAACUUCCAGAGAAAGUCUGUCAUUGGCUUUGUUGAGCUGACCAUUUUCCCCACGGUGGUCAACCUGAACCGGAUCAAGCUUAACAGCAAACAGUGCCGCAUCUACAGGGUCCGAGUCAAUGAACUGGAAGCACCAUUCAUUUACAAUGACCCUACACUGGAGGUGUGCCACCAUGAGUCCAAGCAGAGGAACCUCAACUACUUCUCUAGUGCCUACACUGCAGCAGUGAGUGCUGUGGAUCCUGAUGCAGGACAUGGCGAGCUCGUCAUCAAAGUUCCCUCUGAGCUCUGGAAACAAGGGGACGAGUUGAAAGUUUUAAAGGUGUACAUAGAGUUUUCCCUGGACCAGCCAAAAGGAGGUCUUCACUUCGUCGUUCCGGAUGUGGAAGGCAGCAUGGCGGAGAGAGGGGCUCACGUUUUCUCCUUCGGAUACCAGAACUCCACCAGAUUCUGGUUCCCCUGUGUGGACUCCUACUCAGAGCUGUGCACAUGGAAGCUGGAGUUCACCGUGGAUGCUUCCAUGGUGGCGGUGUCCUGUGGAGAUCUGGUGGAGACCAUCUACACUAAUGACAUGAGGAAGAAGACCUACCAUUACAUCCUCCCCAUCCCCACCGCGGCCCCCAACAUCUCCCUAGCUGUGGGGCCAUUUGAAAUCCUUGUAGAUCCCUACAUGCAUGAGGUGACCCACUUCUGCCUGCCACAGCUGCUGCCCCUGCUCAAACACUCCAUGUCUUACCUGCAUGAGAUCUUUGAGUUCUAUGAGGAGAUUCUGACAUGCCGCUACCCUUAUGCCUGCUUCAAGACUGUGUUUGUGGACGAGGCCUACGUACAAGUGUCCUCCUAUGCUUCCAUGAGUAUCUUCAGCACCAACCUGCUCCACAGCUCUAUGAUCAUAGACCAGACCCCGCAGACACGUCGCUGUCUGGCCCAGGCCCUGGCUCAGCAGUUCUUUGGCUGUUUUAUCUCCAGGAUGUCAUGGGCUGAUGAGUGGGUGCUGAAGGGGAUCUCAGGCUACAUCUACGGCCUCUACCUAAAGAAGACCUUUGGAGUGAAUGAGUACCGGCACUGGAUCAAAGAGGAGUUGGACAAGAUUGUGGAGUAUGAACUGAAGAUGGGGGGGGUUCUGCUGCACCCGACCUUCAGUGGAGGAAAAGAGAAAGACAAUCCAACCCCCCACCUCCACUUCUCCAUCAAGCACCCCCACACUUUGUCCUGGGAGUACUACAAGAUGUUCCAGUGUAAGGCCCACCUGGUGAUGAGGCUGAUAGAGAACCGGAUCAGCAUGGAGUUCAUGUUGCAGGUUUUCAACAAGCUUCUGAGCCUGGCGAGUACCGCCUCCUCCCAGAAGUACCAGAGUCACAUGUGGAGCCAGAUGCUUCUGUCCACUCACGCCUUCCUCAAGUCCAUCUCCAACGUCUCAGGCAAAGACAUCGGCCCCCUCAUCAAACAGUGGGUAGACCAAAGUGCUGUGGUGAAAUUCUUUGGCAGUUUUGCUUUUAAUAGGAAAAGGAACGUGCUGGAGCUGGAGAUCCGUCAGGACUACACAUCAUCUGGAACCCAGAAAUAUGUGGGCCCUAUCAAAGUGACAGUGCAGGAGCUGGAUGGAUCCUUCAACCACACGCUGCAGAUCGAGGAGAACAGCCUGAAACACGACAUCCCCUGUCACUCCAAGAGCCGCCGAAACAAGAAAAAGAAGAUUCCUCUGAUGAAUGGAGAGGAAGUUGACAUGGAUUUAUCGGCAAUGGAUGCUGACUCUCCUCUCCUCUGGAUCCGGAUCGACCCGGAUAUGUCCAUCCUGAGGAAGGUGGAGUUUGAGCAGGCUGACUUCAUGUGGCAGUAUCAGCUGCGCUAUGAGAGGGAUGUAGUUGCACAGGAGGAGGCCAUCUCAGCUUUGGAGAAGUUCCCAACUCCUGCCUCCAGACUGGCUCUGACGGACAUCCUGGAGCAGGAACAGUGUUUCUACAAAGUCCGCAUGCAGGCCUGCUUCUGUUUGGCCAAGAUAGCCAAUGCCAUGGUGAGCACGUGGCAGGGCCCCCCAGCUAUGAAGUCCCUGUUUACCAGAAUGUUCUGCUGUAAGAGCUGCCCCAACAUCGUCAAGACCAACCACUUCAUCAGCUUUCAGACGUACUUCCUGCAAAAGACGAUGCCUGUUGCCAUGGCGUUACUCAGAGAUGUCCAGAACCUCUGUCCCAAAGAUGUGCUCAACUUCAUCCUGGACCUGAUCAAGUACAACGACAACAGAAAAAACAAAUUCUCAGAUAACUACUACCGUGCAGAGCUGAUUGAAGCCCUGACCAACUCCCUGACCCCGGCCAUCAGCAUCAGCAACGAGGUGCGCACCGUGGACAAUCUGAAUGCUGACGUGCGUCUCAUCUUGGAGGAGAUCACACGGUUCCUGAACAUGGAGAAGCUGCUGCCGAGCUUCAGGAACACCAUCACUGUCAGCUGUCUGAGUGCCAUCCGAGAGCUGCAGAAGAACGGACACAUUCCCAGUGACGCGUCGCUCUUCAAGUCCUACGCAGAGUACGGACACUUUGUAGACGUUCGCGUCGCUGCACUGGAGGCUCUGGUGGACUACACUAGAGUGGAGAGGAGCUCAGCAGAGCUGCAGUGGCUGCUCAACAUGGUGCAGAACGAGCCGGCUCAUUACGUCAGACAUAAGAUCCUUGGGAUGCUCUGCAAGAAUCCACCUUUCACCAAGAGCACAGACUCGGCUCUGUGUAACGAAGCGCUGGUCGACCAGCUCUGGAAACUUAUGAACUCAGGUACGUCCCAUGACUGGCGGCUGCGCUGUGAUGCAGUGAACCUCUACUACACGCUGUUUGGUCUGACCCGCCCCUCCUGCCUGCCCCUGCCGGAGCUGGGCCUCGUGCUCAACCUGAAGGAGAAGAAAGCUGUCCUGAACCCUACUAUCAAGCCUGAGUUGGGGGGGGUCCCAGUGAUGGACACCGCGGCCAGUAUAGGCAUCCAUGGUGUUGGCAUGAGCUACAUAGCUGUGGAUGAAGAGCCUGACCCGAUUUCAUUAGGGGUGUGUGGGGUGGGCCAGCCACCCCAGGGCCUGAAGAGGAAGGCUGAGACCCCGUUGGGCUCGCCUCCAGAGCCGGGACAGAUCCUGCAGCAGCAGGAGGACGACGGGAGGGGGGGCCGCUUCAAGAUCAGGUUCAACACAAUGGAAGAUGAAGAUAUCGAUAUGGAGACGGUUCAUGAUAGUCAGGCCUUCAUUCACCAUCAUCUCAACCUGUUAGAGAGACCCUCUACACCAGGUAAAGAGCCUCCGUCAGUGGAGCAGUCCAUGCUCUCCAUGCCUGCCACGCCCGUGCCCUCCUUCUCCAAGGAGACCACCUCUUCAACCUCCAAACACGGCGGGGAGCACGGCCACCACCAUCACCACCACCAUCAUGAGCACAAGAAGAAGAAGAAGAAGCACAAACACAAGCACAAGCACAAGCACAAACAUGAGAGCAAGGACAAGGAGAAGGAGAGGGGGGACGGGGGCCACGCCUACAGCAACAGCCCGGCCAGCGGCAGGUCGCUGCACUCGCCCUCGCUCUCCGACUGAGGGCAACUGCACACAUCUGAGCACGGAGACACAACAUGGCAGUUUAGGAAGACCCAUUAGGAUACACAUACAAGGAAAGGAUGAUGUAGUCCUCAGAUCAAUGGCACCACGGAAUUUCUCAGCGGUCAGUUUGAGAGAGGAAAACCCUCCAGAGCCACACACACACACACACACACACACACACACACACACACACACACACACACACACACACACACACACCAUGCUGGGGUUUGUGGACUUUUGACACCGCUUCCAAUCUGUCUGAGGCAUGCAACCACACACACCUCUCUCCACAAACAGGCAACAACCUCCCUCCCCCCCCCCCCACAGACCACUCUGGUGUGCCUCAUCCCACAGCUCGGCCCUGGCCUUCAGUGAGGCUGUGAGGGGAGAUUGAUGACGGGGGUGUGGAGUACAGCGUCUGUCUUCAACAUCUUAAUGACAUCUCCUGUUUGCCCUGAACAUCUCCUGUCCACAAGUGAAACUCAAGUUAUAUUAGUAUGUUUUCUUUUAAAUAUGUUUUGUUUUCCCAACUGUCAUCAUUGAUAAUGAAAGACACUUUUGUAUUCAUGAAUGUUAUACUAGAUUCCAUGUAUGAGUACAUUUACUCUGGCUCUGUUUCUUAGCUUUGAUUAGGUGGAACACUGAGAAUAAUUCAAUGUUCCUCAUUUAGAGCAUUUUGAUUCUUAUUGAAUCAGACUCGCCUAAAUAAACAAUCAAAUAAAUAGACUUAACAUUGUGUAAAGAUUCCUGACAUUUGUUAAAAGUCACUUUCAGAAGUUAUUGUUAAACACAAUAAUCUUCUGAAGGCUAUGACCCCUCAAAACACUUUUAAAUGUCAGCAUUCACACUCCUUCAUACAGAGGCAGAGGCUGCCAUCAUGAGACCCUAACACUCACACACUCACACACCGCUGGCCAUUGGGAGCUAUUAGGGGUUACUGCCCAAGGACACACCAACAUGCUGACCACUGGAGCUGGGGAUCAUAAAUUAAACAAAUCAAUAAUGCUGCUGCCAACAAAUGUAAUCCGUAACAAUCUGAAGCCUCUCUAAAAUAAUUUCAAUUGUAACAACCUUUAAGUAGGGUAGAGAACGCCACAGCCUCAGCCUGAUGAGUUGUUAUUCGUGUCUCCUGUGGGACCACGCCAAAUAAUGCAGUCGAUGGGUUAGCAUCUAUAGCUGUAUUACACAUACUAAAAGGUUUUAAGUAUACCAGUCCAAAAACGGGUCCAUUUUGGAUAGAGCCAAAACAUGUGACUGAGGCUGGCUGGGUUUUAACCUGGGUCAAAUGUGUGCAUUUAUUUAUUUUAGCAGAAUUUUGAUACAGUUUUAAAUUGACCAUUGUACUGUUAUUCUGGGAUAUACAAGGUAUAUACAAUUUUAAAGCUCAAAUAUAUUGACAUGGAUAAAAUGGUGUCCAUCAACAAUCAUUCCCUAAAAUGAUAGUCUGUAUUGAGUGUAAAAUAUAUUUUUCUGUUGACAAACUGUCAUCAUUAAUAAUGAAAGACACGUGUAUUCAUCAACUAGAUGAUUCCAUUACUUUUAGCUGAUCAAUUCUGGUAUGCUAACUAUAUCUUGGAAUUUAUACACUUGACAUAUUUUGACAUUUAGAUGAAACUGCUAACAAAGCGAAGAAUAUAUUUCCAUGUUGUGUUUGCCUUUAUACUUGGCAUGUAUCAGAUAAAGGAAUUUGUUUGCCUCCUUUCACAAGCUUGACAACUAAAACGUGUCCAUACUGACACUCAAUCCUUCCUAUUGGCAUCAAACUAAAAUAGUUAGGGAUUUUUGUUCAGAAUUCUUAAAGUGCAUGCAUGUAAUCAUACAAAGAAGCCUAAACUAAGUGCAAUAUAUAAUCUUAUGUUUAGAGCCGUGGCGGAAACAGUAAUGAAACUCGCUAUAACACCAAGUUCUUAGGGAGCCCACCAACUCAAAAGGGUACUGAAAGCGAAGGACUUAUCCAAAGGUGAGAAAGUCUUAAUGCUCUCAACAUUGAAGGCCUUUGUCCUCACUGAGGGACCUCCUGACUUCUCACUCGUCUUCUCUGACCUGCAACUGUUUCCAUUUGUGUCGUCUUCCAGGUUUGUCAACCUGCUGAGGUCACUGCUAACAUCCUGCUCAGAGUCGGGUUGUUCUUUGGACCCUCAGGCGAGCAGACUUCACGAUGGCUCAUGUGGACUCACCAUGAAAGGCACAUUCUUCUCCUCUGUGUUUUCACUCAGUGUUUUUCCCUCUUUGACCGCUUUUGUACUCUGGGUCAAAGCCAAACUCUCAAUUUCCUUUGACCCCUAUAGUUGUCUUCUUCUCGGCCCAGAUAGAUAAUACAUACUUUUGAGAUAUCUCAGUAGGCUCAGCAGGCUGAAUGGACUCAACAUCUCUUCUUCUUCUACCAAAACCUAAACCUGUUACGUUUAGGACUCCACUUUUCCAUGUCUGCCCUCGUUACAUCAGGAACGUCCUCUUGUGUGCAACUAGUUCUGAUUUCUCAGCCUCUCUAUCUGCAGCAGCAGCAGACCCCUCUCUCCCCCCACCCCCCAGUCCCUGAGCUUGGUGCUCCGCUCCUGGGAGACGCUGUCCUUCUCGUCCUGCAGCUGUCUGAUCUCAUUGUAGAACUCCAUGCUGAGAUUCAUGAGAAACUUCUUAUGUGCCAUGGGAUCCUUUUUGUGCUGUUGAAUGGCUUCAGGGGUCUACCUGAGUAAACACCCCCCCCCUGAUGGGAGUCUGUGUUUUGGAACAACAUUUUGUCUUAAUUUUUCCAACGCGUGUGUGUUUCCAUUGUCUGAUCAUAAAUAUGAUUUUAUCUGCA